AUGGUUACGCACCAACUUUUUGGCAGCAGCUACUUGUCCAGCGGUUUCGGCGGUGUUGGCCUUUCUUCUGGUCACGGAUUAGCUUUAGGAGGUCUGGGAUACUCCGGUUUAGGCUUAGCUCAUGGAGGUCAUCACGUCAGCCACUCAGUGUCAGUCAACAGAGUGGCUAUCCCAGUUCCACAUCCAGUACCAGUACCAGUUGAAAGAACCGUGCAUGUGCCAUACAAAGUGCCUGUACCUUAUGCAGUAGACAGGCCAUAUGCUGUCCACGUUCCAAAACCAUACCCAGUACCAGUUGUCAAACAUAUUCCAGUACCAGUUGACAGUACUACAAGCCUUCCAGUACAGUUCAAAGUUGUCCCAGUACCCCCAGUCAAGGUACCAGUUGUACACAAAGUUGCCGUCCCAGUACCAGCUCCAUACCCAGUUCCCGUUCACAAGGCCGUACCAGUCGCAGUACAUACACCAGUAUUUGUCAAACACCAUCCCUGGUGA